UCUCUCUCUCUCUCUCUCUCUCUCUCUCUCUUUCGGAAUCCGUCAAUCUGCGGAGCUCGCGCGUCCUGUCGCUUCCUCUCGGAUAUUAUAAUCCUUAUCAUUAUUUUUCUUUCAUGUUGUAGAUUCAUUGCUAUCUAUCAAUCUAUCUAUAAAUAUAUAUACUUUUUUUUUUUUCGUUUUUUAUUUUUUUUGCCUUUUUUGUUGCGGAUGUUGCUUGAAGCCGAACCCGCCGAGCUCCGCGUGGGAGUGCGUGAACGGGUCGCGAGAGCGCAACACCGAGCGGAAUGACGCGCGCUCUGCUCCAAGUGCUCACGGCUCUGCUGGCGUGCGCGCUGGACAUGCAUCAGCUCAGGGUAAUAGAAGCUAAGGAGCAUGACAGGCGUGGGACUUCGCUGACCAUGUCGCCGUCCGAUUUCCUGGACAAACUGAUGGGGAAGACGUCAGGCUACGACGCAAGGAUAAGACCCAACUUCAAAGGUCCCCCUGUAAACGUCACUUGCAACAUUUUCAUCAACAGCUUUGGCUCCGUCACCGAGACCACCAUGGACUACAGAGUGAACAUUUUCCUGCGUCAGAAGUGGAACGACCCGCGCCUUUCCUACAGCGAGUAUCCAGACUCCUCGCUGGAUUUGGACCCGUCCAUGUUGGACUCGAUUUGGAAACCCGACUUGUUCUUUGCCAACGAGAAAGGCGCCAAUUUCCACGACGUCACCACUGAGAACAAGCUGCUGAGGAUCUUCAAGGACGGAACUGUUCUUUACAGCAUCAGGUUGACCUUAAUUCUGUCCUGUCCGAUGGAUUUGAAAAAUUUCCCGAUGGACGUCCAGACGUGCAUCAUGCAGCUGGAGAGCUUUGGCUACACGAUGAACGAUCUGAUCUUUGAGUGGCUGGAAACGGCGCCGGUGCAAGUGGCCGAGGGUCUGACGCUGCCUCAGUUCAUCAUCAGGGAGGAAAAAGAGCUCGGCUACUGCACUAAACACUACAACACGGGGAAGUUCACCUGCAUCGAAGUGAAGUUCCAGCUGGAGAGGCAGAUGGGCUACUACCUGAUCCAGAUGUACAUCCCCAGCCUGCUCAUCGUUAUCCUGUCCUGGGUUUCCUUCUGGAUCAACAUGGACGCCGCGCCGGCUCGAGUCGCCCUCGGCAUCACCACCGUCCUCACCAUGACCACGCAGAGCUCCGGCUCCAGAGCCUCGCUGCCAAAGGUGUCGUACGUGAAGGCCAUAGACAUCUGGAUGGCGGUGUGUUUGCUGUUUGUCUUCGCGGCGUUGUUGGAGUACGCUGGAGUGAAUUUUGUCUCGAGGCAACAGAAGGAGUUUCUGCGACUCAAACGGAGACAGAGACGAAAUCUCAAGGAGGAGGAGCUAAGAGAAGGACGUUUCCAUUUCUCCGGCUAUGGCAUAGCUACGUGCAUGAAGGACGGCAUAGCGGUGAAAAGUGACAGCGGCGUGCAGCAAACAUCGGUGGAGAACAAUAAGAGGAAGUUUGUGGACCGAGCGAAGAGGAUCGACACCAUUUCGAGAGCAGCUUUUCCUUUGGCCUUUCUCAUUUUUAACAUCUUCUACUGGAUCACGUACAAAAUAAUCCGACAUGAAAACACCGCCAAAGUGUAGCAGCUGAUGGUUAGAGAGAUGGCAUUGUAGCGUCACGUUGUUGAGGCGAAACAGCGACGGAGAAGUGGCAGGUGCUGGUCGAUU